AAAAGCUACAUGUCUCAAUUUGUGAAAGAAGCCGACAUGAGAAACAAGGGUUAUAAUUUCCUCAUGCUCGUAGUCUCGUAGAACAGUACUUGAAAAAGAAUUAAAGAAAGCAGCGAAAAGAGAGCUACUUUAUUUGCUGUAUGCAUAUAUAGUUAGCACCAGAGGCAGGAAUCUGAGAGUUUUUCUCCGGAAAGAGUUUCGCUUUUUACAUCUCUCUCAGGGUUCUACUCUUUUCAAGGGGGAAAAACAUUGACAGAAUGACGAAAUGAAUCUUUAAGAUCUGGAUGUGAUUGGAGAAAACUUGAAAAAGCUACAAUGGAUAGUGUGGUUCAGCUGCAGAAGCAGUUGGUUGACUACAUAGCCUCGCUCUUUCAUGAGGGAUUUCUGGAUGAGCAGUUUAACCAGCUUCAGCAAUUGCAAGAUGAGAGCAACCCAGAUUUUGUGGUGGAAGUGGUGUCUCUCUUCUUUGAGGAUUCUGAGAGGCUUCUCAAUGAACUGGCCAAAGCUCUUUGGGUUCCUUUUAGAUCUUCUUCUUCCUUUUUUUAAUCCAAAUUUAUUAUUCAGAGAGCAGAAGACUAUUGAUUUUAGAAAGGUGGAUGCCCAUGUUCACCAGUUCAAGGGCAGCAGCUCCAGUAUUGGCGCACAUAGGGUUCAGAAAGUCUGCAUUGCCUUCCGGAAUUACUGCGAGGAGCAGAAUGUUGAAGGGUGUCUCAAAUGUCUGCAACAAGUAAAGCAUGAGUAUUCCCUUGUGAGAAACAAGCUUGAAACUCUGUUCCAGCUUGAGAAACAGAUUAUUGCUGCCGGUGGUUCACUUCCGGCCACAUAGUGAGAUCAAGUAAAGCUAGCUAACAAGCUAUAUCUCUCAACGAGAGCCCAAUAUUGGAGUACUUUUAAAUUUGUAGAAAGUUGUUCAUUUCUUUCGUCUUAAGUUUUCUGCAAGUCUAAGAUCAUGCUGAAGGGUUAAUCCAUGAGCUGAUCGCCGGGGAGUACUUGAAGGCUUAUCAUGAAUUACUUGAGAUUAUAUAUGGAGUGAACAAAGAAUGUGAAUAAACCCUUUCUAUUUCGUCUCCAAAUUCUUCUUCAUCUUGAUCUUCUUCUAGUAAUCAUUUAAUGUCGACAAAAGCAAAUAGCCUUAAAAAGGACUACGGUUAUGCUCAUUGCAGCCCUUGUCAGACAUUCCACUGGAUUAUUUGGUACGUAAAUAGUUCAUGAAAAGAACCAUGUAUACAACCUGGAAAUCUCAUAUAUAUAUAUAUAUAUAUAUGUAUAUAUGUAUGUAUGUAUGUGUGUGUGUGUGUUGAGGCGUCCUCUCUGUCAUAUAAUUAUAAGCUAGCUGCACAUUCAACGCAAAUGUACCUUUUACAUCUGAAAACUGCAGCGACCUUGAGCUAGCUACUCUUUGGUUGAUGCUCGAUCUCACAUAUUAUAUAUAUAACAUGAGUACGUAGUACUCCUUUUGGUUCCAA